AUGUCACCUUUGAAUCCCGACCUGGCUGCCUUCAGGGUUAGGCCCAAGCGGAGCGAGCUCGUAGAGGUUUGGUGGCCGGAGGAGGAGCUGGCGCAGUUGUUCCGGUGGCUGGAGCUGCCGGAGCAGAGGAUCAGCCUUCUCGGAACUCCCGAGAGGGCAUUAGCAGAGGCCGCUUCAGCUUGCACGGAGUUCGAUCUGGGGUGGACCAUCGUGGGACCCCGGACAGCGAAAUGGUGUUUGUCAUAUCUGGCCAUUGAAGGCCUUGGAUUUGAGGGGCACCACGAGCGAUUCAGGACAUUGUGCAAGCUGGAGAGUUCUACCUGGGGAGUUGUUGAACAUUUCCAGUUGAGCAUGUUCGUACGCCACCUUGUACAAGUCGAUUGCUACAACGUGUUGAACAGCCUUGGAGUCGAGCUCAUGUUUCGGCGACUUCAGACCAUAGAAUUUGCCCAUGGUGAGCGUGCUCGAGAGGCAGAAGCUAGGUCGGUUGGAGGAAAGCUGACUAUGGAGGAGCAGGCUACCUUCGGAGCAGUCGUGAGGCAGGCUGGCACGUUGAUGGUGGCUCCGUCGUUGCUUGACCAUGUGAAGGCUGAGGUUGAGAAGGACGUGGCAUUGCAGAAGAACAUGCGCAAGGCCCGUGAGGAACGAGAGUUGAAUCGCAAGGCUGCCAAGGACCCUAAGGGGAAGAAGAAUGAGGAGGGAGCGGUCAGCCAGCUCCACGCCUUCGACGGCUACGGUGAUGACCAAACUCCGGCAGCUGUUACGACUUACAACCCAUCCUUGCUCUCCUUGCCCGACGCUGGCAAUCGUGCUAUACCAGUGGCGGAGCUUCUGGGUGAUGAUGGGAGGGAAAUAGUGAGUGCGUUUUGUCGUACUCGACUUCUGGAUAGGAAUGAGGCCCGCAAGAGUUUGGAGAGGUUGGCGACCGCGGAGUGCUUAUCCAGGAUUCAACUGACCGGUGAUAGCCCCCUCUACAUUUCCACUGCAGAUUUGAAGGAUGCUUUUUAUCACUUUGAAUUGCCGAUUGAGUUGAGGGACUUCUUUUCCAUGCGGUCGGUCCCAGCAGGAGCGAUCGGACUGGAGCACCUUCAGGGCCAGGCACUGGCCCCCGGGGUGCGGGUAAGACCUCGACUACGAGUCCUGCCCAUGGGAUGGUCGCACGCAUUGUGGUGGUGCCAGAUGAUUCACCAACGCAUUGUCAGCCGUGUCGGAGCCACAGAACAGAACAGUUUGGAAGACAAGGCAGUUGUGCCUGAUGGACAGUGCAUGCAUCUCGAAUACAUUGACAACUGGGUUGUAAUGGGUACGGACAAAGACAGAGUCAGUGCCCUCGCUGGUGCCGGAGUCGAUGCACUUCGGAACAGUGGCCUGGUGGUGCAUGAAGUUGAACAUGCUUCCAAGCAAAUCAAAGUGCUCGGUUGGGAGUUUGACAACAACAUUUUCAGGCCCAGGCCAAUCCGUGUCUGGCGAGUUCGGAAAGCUUUUGAAUACCUCCUUCAACGAGGAUCUUGCACCGGACGACAGCUUGAGAAAAUUGUUGGUCAUGCUAAUUUUUUGUGCUUGGGGAGGAGAGAGAGUUUGUCGGUGUUUGGGGAGACUUACACUUUCAUCAAACGCAAUUACUGGAACAAGGCACGCAUUUGGAAAUCGGUCCGUCGGGAGCUUGACAUUUUCAUUGGUGUGUGCCCCUUGAUUUGGCGGGACUUGGCCGCUCCAUGGGAAACCGAGGUUACAGCUGUCGAUGCAUCAGACUGGGGGAUGGGAGCAACCACAGCAGUUUUUGAUGUUGAGCAAGUGGCUGACCUGGGUCAAUUCUCGGAACGUUGGCGAUUCGAUUACCCCCACCUUUCUCGCCCUCGUGAACAUGCUUUCGGUAUGGCAGUGGCCGACGAUCCUCAGGAAGCUGCGGCCGCUGCAUGGGCCUCCAACGAGGCGACAAACACAGGGGGAGCGCAGCCGAUUCGGGUGGUGCAACCGAAGUCACAUGACCAAAUUUUCAAGACAGCAUCUGUGUCAGAGAAGAGCAGGACGGCAUACCUGGAUUGUUGGGACAGGAUGAUCAGCUACACCUCAGUGCGGCUGGACGAGAGAUCCCCACCUUCACUGGUAGAUUCGUGCCUGGAGGAAAUGCUGAACCACAUGUUCGAGGAGGGGGAGGACCUCAGCAAGGCCAACUACAUGCUGGCUGCAGUCCUGUUCCGGAUGGAGGAGAUUGGACCCUCCCAAGUCCCGUCUUCCUCUGCCCUGGGAGGUGGUUUGCCUGAUGAUAUCAAAUACGCUAUGAACCACAACUACCUGCAGGAGGCGCUCAUGAUGGCGAUGUGUUUUGUCCUCUACCUGAGGCCAGGGGAGGUGAGUCGACUCAGAUGUCGGGACUUGGUGCCACCAGUGAAAAGCACCAAGAAGUCUGCUCGGACUUGGAGUGUGGUGCUGCAUCCAGUGGAGUUGGAAGUAGCGUCGAAGACCUCAGAGUUCGACGAGACUGUGACGUUCGACGACUUGGAGACUCAGUUCAUCCCCGAGGCGGUGAGCAAACACAUGAGGAGCCGCACUCGAGGCAAAGAUCAGAUGCUAUUCACAAGCAACUCAAUACAGCUCAAAGCAGUGAUGGAAGAGGCAGCCAAAGCAGAGCACUUGCAGGAUUUUUACGACUACGAUGUGCAAACCAUUGCUCGGAAUUUCAAUGACAAGUUGAUUUGGCAUGCGCCGGCAGACCAGAAGGCUUUCAAAGAUGGGGGCCAUGCAGCCCGGCAGGCUUGA